CCCCGUGGCUUUAUGAAAGUCGAAAUCCCUCCAUGGGCAUCUCGUCGGGCAACUGCUAUAAAACGCGUUCGGUCGGCUAGAAGGAGCUCGCCUCGGAGGACCCGGGUUUGAAGACGGUCCCGUCUCCGCGCCGCUGUCCUCGCGUGUCCUCGCUCUUCUUGCUCCCGCCUCGCUGCGCUCCGACAACACAAGCCACGGGGACGAGACAGCGGACGUAACGCUAGCCGAGAGAAGGGAAGUGGGCUCCGUCUUCUCUUUCAUCAGGCAGAUGCUCCCAGCCGCCCAGCUUGACAGGAGUGAUGGGAUGUGUCAACUAGCAGGUGAGGCAAUCCUGGACAAUGCGAUUGGACUGAAGGAUUCAUCUACAGUGUUCACACCAGAGCGAGAUAAAGGGGGGACAGACGAGGACAGUAACGACGACACAAGGAUGGGCGUGGGAAAGAACACCACCCCGAAGUCGAUGGACAGCAGCAGCGAAGGAGGAAAAUACGAAGAGGAGAGCAAGCAUGGCGCCGACUUCUACCCCAUCCCGGUGGUGGUGAACGGCGUCGGCGGUGCAAAUGGAGACCAGGACACUGAGAACACGGAGCUGAUGGCCAUCUACUCCAAGGAAAACCAGGCGGCCGAAAAGAGCUCGAUGUCGGAGACCCUGGACAGCACAGACAGUGUGGACGCCCGGAGGAUGGACAUGAUCUAUACCAUUGAAGACACCCCGCCCUGGUACCUGUGUGUGUUUCUAGGCUUACAGCACUACUUGACGUGUUUCAGCGGAACCAUCGCCGUGCCGUUCCUCCUCGCCGACGCCAUGUGCGUGGGCUUUGACCAGUGGGCCACCAGCCAGCUCAUAGGGACCAUCUUCUUCUGUGUGGGCAUCACCACGCUGCUGCAGACCACCCUGGGCUGCAGGUUACCUCUGUUUCAGGCCAGUGCUUUCGCCUUCCUCGCUCCAGCCAGAGCCAUCCUAUCACUGGACAAAUGGAAAUGUAACAGCACAGAGAUUCCAGUGGUGAACGGCACGGAGCUCCUCCACACUGAGCACAUCUGGCACCCCAGGAUACGAGAGAUCCAAGGUGCGAUCAUUGUGGCCUCCCUGGUUGAGGUGUGCAUCGGCGCUCUGGGACUGCCCGGGAUGAUGCUGAAGUACAUCGGCCCUCUGACCAUCACCCCCACCGUGGCCCUCAUUGGACUGUCUGGCUUCCAGGCCGCGGGCGAGAGGGCAGGGAAGCACUGGGGCAUUGCUAUGCUGACUAUCUUUCUGGUGCUGCUGUUCUCCCAGUAUGCCAGGAACGUUCACUUUCCUCUGCCGAUUUAUAAGGCCAAGAAAGGCUGGACGUCUUAUCGACUGCAGGUCUUCAAGAUGUUUCCUAUCAUCAUGGCCAUCCUGGUGUCUUGGCUGUUGUGUUUCAUUUUUACCGUGACUGAUGUUUUCCCGCCGGAGAAAGAAAAAUACGGUUUCUACGCUCGCACCGAUGCUCGGCAAGGAAUCCUGAGAGCCGCGCCGUGGUUCAAAAUCCCUUACCCCUUCCAGUGGGGCCUUCCUACCGUGACAGCGGCCGGCGUGAUCGGCAUGAUGAGCGCCGUGGUGUCCAGCAUCAUCGAGUCGAUCGGAGACUACUACGCCUGCGCCCGCCUCUCGUGCGCCCCUCCGCCUCCCAUCCACGCCAUCAACCGGGGGAUAUUUAUGGAGGGCCUUUCCUGUGUGCUGGACGGGCUUUUUGGGACAGGAAAUGGCUCCACCUCCUCAAGUCCAAAUAUAGGCGUCCUUGGAAUCACAAAGGUGGGCAGCAGACGUGUAAUCCAGUACGGAGCAGCCAUGAUGCUGCUGCUGGGGCUUGUGGGUAAAUUCAGCGCCCUGUUCGCCUCUCUGCCGGACCCUGUCCUGGGAGCGCUGUUCUGCACCCUGUUCGGUAUGAUCACGGCGGUGGGACUGUCCAACCUGCAGUUCGUCGACCUGAACUCCUCCAGGAACCUCUUCGUCCUGGGCUUCUCCAUCUUCUUCGGCCUGAUGCUGCCGAGCUACCUCAAGCAGAACCCGCUGGUCACCGGCAUCGUUGAAAUUGACCAAGUGCUAAACGUGCUCCUCACCACUGCCAUGUUCGUCGGUGGAUCGGUGGCCUUCAUUCUGGACAAUACUAUCCCUGGUUCCCCUGAGGAACGGGGCAUCAGGAAGCUGAAGCGCGGUUCUGGUCUCAGCGCAGCGGAGCUGGAGGGCUUGCGAUCUUACGAUCUGCCGUUCGGAAUGGACUUUAUCCGCAGACAUCGGAUCUUCAAGUACUUACCCAUCAGCCCCGCGUUCAAAGGCUACCCGUGGGGGAGGCUCCUGGAGGACGGCCGGAGCAGAAGGGGACACGGGGACGUGGUGAAGGGUGGGGGCGGGGGAGGGGAGGCCGGCACAGCCCCCGGGGAGAGCGGGGUAUAGCCAAGGUCCCAGAGAGGCCGUGAAUAUUUCUGAUUUUUUUUUUUUCUUUGGGGAGCAAGGGAUGGUACACCGAGAUGAUGGGAGUGGAGGACAGAAGCGGCGCAGGACGGUGUGGAGGAAAAUGUGAUGCACCAAGCCCCACCCCACCCACCUCUCUGUCAGUACGUGUUUUCUUUAGCUUGUGUCAGUCUUUUCCCACCUCCCACUAUUCUUAAGCAUGCCAUAGCAAGCCACAGCAUGCUCUGAAAAAAAAAAAACAAAAACAAAAAGAUGUCACCAUGCGGAGGUCAGUCGGUGUGCAUGCAUGUGUGUACAGUGUGCAGCGAGAGAUAAAACGGGUUCCUGCGUUAAUUGACUUGCACUUCGAUCCACAAGGAGACAGAUGGAAAUCACAAACCCGAAGCUGGUGGUUUGAUGAUUCACUGGCUCCAAAGCGCUGCUACCUUCUACUGCCCCGAGUCAUUUAAAAAAAGAGAGAGAGGGGAAAAAAAAAAAAAACAUAUUCCACUAAAAGCACAGUCGGUUGGAUUAUGUCAAUUGAGGAUCACGUUAGGAAUCAUCGGCCUCUCGACUUGUUAUGCAACCACAUUGGACACACACACGCGCGCCAGCAGCCUCAGCUUCAGCGCUACGACUGCAUGACGGGGGCCAUGCAGGAUGACGGGACGGGUUUGUCAGGUGCCCUUAGCCAUGCAAAGUGAUUGUGAGAUUUAUUUUUGCACUAUCUGCCUCUUGAUUUUAAUACGAGAAUGUUGCUUCACAGCUCGCUCCCCUCACUUCCUCAGAGACCCACAUCCCGUCUGCUCAUCUCCACCUGAAAGGACCUCACAGCCUUCCCCUUUUGAAGUAGUCCAGUGCUAAGUUUUGUUUUUUAGCAAGAUCUCCCAUGUGACUGGGCAACAACAACAAAAACACACUGCUAACCCACCAGUUUACAUGUAUAUACUGUCAGUGUUAUGCAAUAGUUACUAAUGAUACAAAAACCUUCCUAAAUGCACCCAUGUUUCAUUUUGCUUUAAAAUUGGAACUAAAUUAAGAAAUGCAAGGUUUUAUUUAUUUUUAUUUUUUUUUAAUCUGCAGUUGAUGACUUGCACAUUUUGGCAUUAAUAACAUAAAUCAUUUGCAAAAGCAGUGCACAGUUACACCAACAUGUAACCCUGUCGCGGACACUUUGUACAUAAAUACUCGUUCAGCUCGUCCACCCACAGCAGAAGUAAAUAUUCUAUAUUUCAGGACCGCGUACACCUCAGAUCUUGGCAGGUUUCGAGAGUCACUCCCCUCCGUUCUUUGCAGUAAUGUGUGUUUUAACAGGACCUCAUCUUCAACCAUGUCCACCUGCUGCUGACUAAACCCACCUUUCAUCUGAGAGUUCAUCCUGAACAGCGAAGGCCAUGUUUUAGUUGAAAUAUAGUAAGAGUGCUUCGGGUGGUUUUUCUCUCUUGUUUUCUCCUUUAUUAUUAUUUUUUUUUUGUAUAUUUAUCAGCGAUCACCAGCGCUGCUGAUAUCUUUAAUAGUUGUCAGUCGUUCUCCUCUCUCUCUCUCUCUCUCUCUCUCUCUCUCUCUCUCUCUCUCGUCCUGCUGCCAUCCGUUAACUGCUGUCGUCUGUUACUGUUCUUGUGCGUCGCCGUUCAGGAUGUGGCAGCACGGCUGCUGGAGGAAGGCAGUUUUAAAGCGUCGGCACCCUUAGUGAACCCACGCGUGACCCUGAAGAGCGAACCGCACCGCGGUUAAUCAGCAGAUCCGAGACCAGUUUGCAAACACAAAUAAGUAGAGACAUGAAUUCAGCACAACUAUUCAAUAUUUAGACCAGCUGAGAUUUUCAAGAAACCAAAAUGUAAAAAGCUACUUGUUUUUCUGUUACCGUGAACCAAAACUUGUCUUUACUGGCAUUUUCUUUCUUUUUUUUUUUUUUUUUUUUUUUUUUUGCCACUGAGAUACUUAAAUGAAUUUCACCCCAAAUCCCCCACCAUUCGUCAUCUUUGUUAGAGAUAUUUAUUUAUUUAUGAGUAGAUACUCCUAGAAGCAGACUAAUGUGUCUCUUGCACAAUGUUGAAGGUGUAUUCAUUCAGUCAUGCCCUGUAAAAAAACGCCGCCGCGGCCAUUUACAGCCCUCAGCCUCGGCUUCGAAAGCUCACCCGAUGGCAGCAGCUUUGUAAUCAAGUUACUUUUUUCAUGUCGAACAGAAGCUGUUUCUACUUCAUUCCAUUUAUAUUUGUGUUGUUUGUAACACGAAA